CUAGUCAGACAGUUAUCAACAAUGAUCCGAUUGAAUGCAUUACUUGCAUCACUCAGCUGUGCAGUCGGUUUUGCGUCGGCUGCCGAAUGCAGUUUACCAGCCCCAGGAUCAUGUGGUGUGCUACCUUUGGACAGUGAAGAAUCCGUCCCUUCCAAUACAGUUUAUCCAUGGAUGGCUGUACUUAUUGCACAACCACGAAAAAACGGCUCCAUUGUGGCCAUCUGUGGUGGAUCGUUGGUUUCUGAUCGAUUCAUUUUGACAGCAGCUCAUUGUUUCAAUAUAUUGCCCGAUCAUAACAUGUUAAAGGUGCGUCUAGGUGGAUGGAAUAUUACGACCGAUCGUUCUUGUGACGAUCGAAUAUGUAGUGGAAGAAUCGUCGACUAUGCAAUCGAGAGAGUAUUCGUCCACCAGGACUUCAACUCGACCAAUAUUCACUAUGACAUUGCUUUGAUUAAGUUGGCCAAAAGUGUAGCUUUCACGGAUUUCGUAUCACCGAUAUGUAUUGCUGAGAGCAUUUCGUGUAAGAUUCCACAGGACGCGGAAAAGAUUUUUAGAGCUGUAGGUUGGAACAUAGUAGAAGAAGAAUAUGUUGCCAAUUUAACUGACUUCAUAGGAGACCGUCAUCAAUUUUCUAUUGAAAUGUACAGCGUUUACGGAAACAGUUGCGAUUACGUAUUUUGGCCAACGUUGGAAAUUUGUACCAAACGUGUGAACAAAACUAAUGAUCAGUUCGUUGAUUUUGGUAGAUCAUUAAUUUCGAAGGAAAACGACGGAUACUGGUUUCUCUAUGGGUAUGGAGUGUGGGAGUUUGGAAAUCCUGAUGCAAUGCCGUAUGAAUCAGACAUCUUCACUCGCAUUGCGUGUCAUCGAGAUUGGAUUAAAAGUAUACUCAAGAAUUUUACGACAUGUUCAUAGGGAUUUAGGAUUAGAUGAUUGAAAACGAUAAAUAAUAAUCGAUUAAUUAAAUACAUGAAAAUCACGAUGAAUUUACUUAUAGCACAUGCAAACAGGCUUUACAUUUACAGUACUGGCAGAAAUUCAAAGUUCAAUUUUUUUUUCUCGUGAAUUGUCA